AUGGUCGGCUUUGUGCUGCUGGAUCUGCGGCGGGCGGCGAUGAAGCGGGCGCUGCCGGCGUACGCCCAGCUGCAAUCGUCGGCGUACGGCCACGACAAGCCGGAGAUUCUCUGUGCCAUCAAUGUCGAGCUCGAGUCAACGCCCGGGAGUGGUGAGGCUGCUGACGAAGCGGGCACUGGCGGAGAUGUUGAUGUCGGCGGCGGCGAGCCAGGCCAGGACAUGGAGGUCGCUGGACUGAGGGUCCGUCUUCGGGAUCAUGACGGGGUGUAUGUCAUCGACAAGGGCGGGGCACCGUAUCUGUUCUCGCUUACGGUCGGUGGCACGCACUCGCUCGACGCGUUUGAGUCGCUCGCUCGCGAGCGGUGCGCCGCGCCGCACGGGCCGUUCUACUUCUACUACUCGUUCCUCGGCAACGACGUCAUGACCGAGGUCUUUGACUCGCUUGUCGCACCGGUCUUUGCUAUCGAGCGGGCGUCGAUCCGGCUUGAGCUCGCGCCGUCGCUCUCAUUGCAGGUCCUCUCUGCGCUCUCGCCGCUCCAGCUGUAUCUCUGCUGCGGCGAGACGGCGCUGGCAGUGGCGCACAUCCCGCUCGAGCGGCUCGGCGGCGUCGCCUCCGAGCUCACCAUUGAGGACGCGUUUCCGCUGGCGGCACUGCCUGGGCAAGGCGAGGCGCCAUCCGCGGUCGGCUCUGUCUAUGUUGUGGCCUCAUUCUCGCCGGGCCUGCGCCCGCCCCCGCCGCCAGCCUCGCUCCUCGAGUGGCAGGCCAUGGCAGCUGUCGCGCAAGCUGAAGCCGCGCUGCGGUGCUGGCGGCUCUCGAUCGACGUGCGUUCGAUCAAGGACCUCGACUAUCCAGCCGCCUCGCUCUUUAUUCGCUACUCAUACCCAGAGCUCGGCUCCGCCGCCCCGUUCGCCACUCACCCUGUCGUCGAGCACGUGGCCGGUACCACCGUCUCGGAGCUGCUCCUGCCCAACUCGUUCUGUGCGUACGAGUUUGUGGCGUCAGAAGCCUUCCUUCGGUCAACCCUCGAGACGGCGCCGCUGCACAUCGAGGUCUGGCACCGGGACAAGUACGUUAAGGAUAUUCUGCUGGGCAUUGCCGCCGUCCACCUCGACUCGGUCCUCGACGCUGACGCCACGGUGGGGCCAGUCUCGCUGGCCGGUACCGGCGGCGAAGCCACCGAGCUCCGGACCUUUGACGCCUACGUCGUAGUCGCCUCGCUGGGAGACGACGACGCGCCGGGCGCCGCGGCGCUGCCCACUCGGGUCGCCGAGCUCCGGGUUGUUCUCUCACUGGAGAACAUGGGCGGCGCGCCGCCGGGCCUGCCGUCGCUUGACGCGCGCGCAGGCGCCCCGGUUCGCGGUCUGGUGCCCGAUGCCGCGGCUGUCGUCACCACCCACGAUCGUCCAGUCGACGGCCCCCAUGCUGCGCCGCCGUCGACUGUCAACCCGCAGGCGCGCCCACAGAAGGACAAGGACGAGGCAGACGAUGAGGCAGGCGACACAGCUGGCAACGAGGGUCUGGGCAAUGAGCCCGCCUCGCCGGCACGCCAUGAUUGGCCGGCACGAGCCGCCGCUACUGGCCCCGCGAAUCCGCGCGACGCGCCCGAGUACCUCGCUGCAUGGGAGCUCGAAGUGUGGAAGCAGGAACAGGAGGCUGCGUUCCAGGCCAAGCUGGAGGCGCGCGAGGCUGCGCACCUCGCGCUGCUCCAGGCCAAGUUCAAGGAGAAGGAGAAGCUGCGGAUCCAGGUCCACGAGCGGAAGCGAGCCGAGUACGCCAGACUCGAGGCCCAAAUGCGCAAGGCGCUCCGCGAGGUGCAGGAGCGCGAGCGGCGGCUGGUGGCUGGCGAGCAGGCGCUCGAGCGCCGGUCAGCAACGCUGCAGGACGAGUAUGAGCGCCGAGUCGACGAGCUCAACGACAAGUCGCGCCGGUUCCGCGACUCGCUCAACGCAAAACACCGCGAGGUGCUAGGCCAGCUCCAGCGGGCUCGCGCCGAAGCCGACGCCGCCAAGGCCGACGCCCGCAAGGCUGCCAAGAAGCUUGACGCUGCCACAGACGCCAUCCGCAAGUUGCAGGCUGACGUUGCCCGCUCGCCGACUCUGCAGAUGGAGGCCCAGCUGGAGGCGUUGGUGACCAAGGUCGAGACGCUGGAGAGCGAGAAGGCACACGUGGCCUCGGCCAAGAAGCACUACCGGACCCAGUGGGUCAAGGCACUUAAGGAGAUCGCCCGCCUCCAGGAUCGCGAGAAGGAGAACGCGCUCGCCGGUGCGUCUGCCGCGGCCUCGGCCUCGUCGUCGCAUGCCCUUGCUGACGCCCGCGAGGACGUAGCACGCAUGCUUGAGGAGCACCAGCGGAAGAUGCAAGACGAGCUGCAGACGAUCAAGCUCGCGUCGGCCGCCCGCGAGCACGCUCUCGCAAUGCAGCUUGAGAAGCAGGAGCUGGUCGCGCUCAAGGCCGAGCUGUCUGCUGCGGCGUCGGCGCAGUCGGCCGGCUCGCGCCCACACGACCACAGCCUCGCUGCCGAAGGCUCCGAGGUCUUUGGCCUGCUCAACAGCCCAUCGCCGGCGCCGUCGUCGCCUGACAGUCCGCCGCCGCCGGCGCCAGCCUCGCGCGACGAGCUCCUUACCAGCCUCGAGCGACUGAUCGACGAGCGCGAGGCGCUGCUCGCGUCGGGUGUGUAUGCCGAGAGCGACGCCGUGGUGGCGCAAGUCGACAAGGCGCUCGACGAGGUUCGCGCCCAGCUCGCGGUCACGCCGCUGUAGGUUAUGUAAAGCGCGCUCACAACUCGGUAUGGCCGCCAGUCGGCGUCAGCUCGGCCGACCCCAGCCGCCGCGACAUCGCGUCGCGCUCGGCCAUCAGC